UUCGGGCUUUGGACUUUCUAGCGUCUAUAAAGGGCAAGGUCUUGCACCCCAAGGGAGAUUUCCAUUUCCGUGAUCCAAACAAUACCCCAUUUUCAGCCAUCAGAUCAUACCACGAAUCAAGAUGUGCACCAAGACCGUUUCCGUGACAAUCUAUACCUGCGGUGAUAGGUUCGAAGAAGAUGUCUCCUUCGACUCAUGCGACAAUACUUCCGCAGCUGGACACAGCGUAACUACUAAGCACCUCGGCUCCAGCAGGAAGAGGACUAAGUGUGGGAGGUUUAACUGCAGUAACCCCUGAUUUUACAGUACGGUCCUUACAAGGAGCUCUUUGGGGGAAUAUUAGGAACUGUUGGUGGACCUUGAAAUUUGGCCGUUUCCUUCCUUUCGACCACGUUCUUGAACAGCUUCGCGCAGUAGUGCAACUCUUAUGCCCUGCAAUCUUCUUCGCACACUCAUUUACUAUAUUACGCUAUUUAUGAAUAUAGACUAUCCAGUCGAGU